AUGAUGCUGCUACCGUGCGACUACUACGACUCCAAAACGGCAGUUCUCUUUUGCCGCGCCGACUCUGCCAAGCUCUGCAUCUCAUGUGACCAGCACGUGCACUCUGCCAACGCCCUCUCACUCAAGCACGUGCGCUCUCAGAUUUGCAAUAACUGCCGCAACGAACCUGCCACCGUGCGAUACGCCACCAACAAUCUCGUCCUCUGCAACGACUGCGACUCCGACACACACAACAGUUCCACCAUCGCUUCCUCCCUCCACACCCACCACCGCCUCCAUGGCUUCUCCGGCUGUCCCCCCGCCCUCGAAAUCGCCGCCGCCUUAGGGAUCGAGCUCAAGUUCAACUCCAACUACAACAGCGGCUCCGGUAAUACAUCCAGUUCACGAAAGGAAAGUGGUUCUUGUCGACGGUGGCGAAUCCGACGAGCCAGAUGUCGGUGA